GCUGGACGCUGACACCAGUGUGAAGUAGAGGAAGUCUUAGCUACUUCGUGUGAGGGAUGUUUUCGUCCUUCAGUCAUGAGUUCAGACACUCAGAGGGUCGCUGUAUUUUUCAUCGUUAUGUUUCUCCUUUUCGUCAACACUUGGCUUUUGUUGCAACUUGCUCUCGGAUAGAGGCCUUCGACUCUGGUUUGAAAUCAACCAGAGCGUUCCAGGCUAACACUGUGGACACUUGACUUUUUCUUGACUUCACAUUCGGCUGCGGGAUUGUCUUUUCGAGCUUCGCUAUGGGGGGAAAACAACUGACCAGUGAACUCUACAAGGCUCUCUUUAUUAUCAGAAUAUCAACUCUAUCGGCUGAUAAAUAAGAUGCAUUCAAAUUCUACAACAGCUGUUAUUACCACAGCAAAUUGCACUGGACAUUUAGUUUGGACUCUGCAGCUGAUUUGCUUGUUUUUCCUGCACGUUUAGUCAUUGAAUUGCACAGGCAUGUAGAGAUUUUCCUUUUAUUUGGAAAAUGUUCUGGAAGUGAACGCUUAUCUCCUCUGUCUCGAGGAUUUGGGAUUUUCUUUACAGUUUUCUAUCUAUCAUGAGAGCUGACAUUCAUAUUUAUCCUUUUUAGAUUGCUUCGGUUGACCUUCCUGACUGUUUUUUUUCUGCAGCAAGACCAAGAAGAUGCAGUCAAUGUUGUAUUAGAGCUGUUAUCCCCACACACAGUUUUCCUGAGUGAUCAGUUGCAUUCUGCCUCUGACUUGCUGUUUUUUUCUGCAGGUUUUAGUCGUUGAAUUGCAGUGUGGAGAUUAUGCUUUUAUUUUGAAAACCGGAAACGAAGGGGUUAUCUUCUCUUUCCAGAGGGUUUUAGUUCGUUUUAGUUUUUUUUUCACGGGAUCUUAUGAGCGCUGACGUCCAUAUUUAUCCUUUUAUAGAUUAAUAACUAGCUGCAAAACAUUUCUAUUCUGGAAAACCAAUCGUUUGAACCGGCAGUAUAUUAUAUUUCACAUUAUAUUUAAGCUGUUCCCGCACCGGAAGAGAGAGGCUGUGAAGCAGUGAACACGGGGAGCUUGACGGAGGAAGCCGUCAGGAACAUGGCUGCGGGAUAAACCGUCAACAAGACGACAGAGCCGCGGUUGGAGAACCGUAUCCCGGGCUGCGGUGUUGAUGGAGGCUGGAGGGUUGAGGCCAUGGUGACGCCUGUGGACCGUCGGACCGUCGGUGGUUGUUCACCGGGCUGUUGACGGCGCAGCACCGGGGAGGGACCGCGACCUUGGCGGACGUUGCCAUGGAUCUGACGCGGCUGGCGGCGGACGCUGGUCAGUUCAUCAACAGAGCGAUUCAGUACACAGGGGAGACUAUCGGCCAGGCGGACAAGACAGAUCUGGACCCAGGUCUGGAGGAGCUGCUGUUACUGGCAGACGCCACCAAGACCUGCACGGACAAGAUAAUCUCCCAGACUGAGGUCGUGCUGCAGCCGAGCACCGGAGCACGAUUAGAGGACCGGCUGUAUGAGCAUCUUGAAUGGAGCGCCCCACUUCGGCCUCGGGCCCUCGAGGUUCUGGGUAAUGAAAUGACCCAGGCCGGGCUGGAGAUUGGGUCCAACACUCCCUAUGGAACGGCACUGCUGAGGUGUGGCGAGGUUCAGAAGCAGCUCAGUGAAGCAGAGAGAAAGUUUGUCCAAAGCACGAACAUCCACUUUCUCACCCCUCUGAGGAGUUUCACUGAGGGGGAACACAGAACCAUACAAGAUGAGCGCAGGAUGUUGCUGAACAAGCGUCUGGACUUGGACAUCGCUAAAAGUAGACUGAAGAAAGCCCACGAGGCCGAUCAAGAGUCCCGAAACCUAAAUGCAAACCCGCUGGACGAUGCCUACAUGUCUCACGUCUCCUACAUGUUCAGCUUCCUGCGUGUUAAAUGGCUGAAGGUGUGGGCACAGCAGAUCACGCAGGCAGAGAUGGAGCUGAAAAUCUUUCAGAGUCUGUUCGAUCGACAGUCAGAAAUUACAAGGCAGCUUCUGGAAGGAAUCAACAACACUCAUACCAACCACAUGCGGAGUCUGACGGACUUUGUGGAGGCUCAGGCCUGUUACUUCGACCAGUGCAACCAACAUGCUCAGGGACUGCAGAAACAGCUGGCGAGCAUCCCCGCGGUUCUCUGCUCCAAUAACUGGGUCUCAGAAAUAAGUAAUCAGCCAUCAACAAGUAACCAUGUGGCCAACGAGCCCACUGGAUCAAAUCAGGUCACUCGGAUUCCCGUAGUCCUCCAACAAAUUCCAGACUUCGAUCAGGACUCGUGGACUGAACGUCCUUCAUCAGACACUGACAAAAUGACAACAGGCUCAUCUCUACACACUCAGCCACUGGACCCGAAAAAUAACAACAACAACAACAACAACAACAACAACAACCAGUCAAGUGACAGCCAUGAGAUCAGUAACCAUGCAGCGGCCAAUCAGGCAUCUCUCAAUGCCUGUGCUUCAGACUCAGACAAUCACACAACAGCUCAGCUCUCAGCGGCCAACAGGACAGUCGGCGCCCACGCAACAACCGACGGGACGACUGCUGAGUCUUCAGCUGCAGUGGCCGGUGGUGCAGGUCACGCAGCGACGACAACCUCCUCUCAACCUUCACAACCUCAGGCUGCAAAUGCAGUGUCUCGUGAAACCAUGACAACCAGCGCCGUGGCCGAUGAGCCCCAAACAACUGAUGAAACGGGUAAUGAUGAGCAGCCCGCCAUUAAUGGAGAAGACGUCCAGGAGUCGCCACCGUCUGCCAGUCAGGAUGUGGUUGAGUAGAGGCUGAAGCUCUUCAGCUGGGAAUCACUGUAAUGGAGGUUCAGCUGAAUUUACACCAGUGGUUACUGACGUCGUAGAGCUGAGGAUACAGACGGUAUUAGAAUGAUGCAGAUACUCGAUUAUUAUCACGUGUGGUUGGAAAAAAGAAGCUUUAAUUAAUCCCAUAGGGACGUUACUGCAAAGUGGUUGUAAAAGUGCUUAUUCUCCUAGUGCCAGUAGGAUCAUUCAUGUAUUAUUAAUGUUGUACGAGCAUAAUGACUGUUGAGUGUCAGUCCUGUGUCGUCGUAGUAGAGGUAACUGGCCUCAGGCUGCAAGUCGAGGCCGGACUGAGUGUGUUACAUCUGCAGUGUGCGCCUGUAACACGCGGAUUUCCGUCAAUAUCUAAAAAUAUGUUUCACACAUUUAAAUGAAGAAAGGAACAACUAAUCUAUCUCCGUGCCAAGUGUGUAUAUGUGUUUGUGUGAAUACGUGAAUUCAUGUGUGUGUGUUCAUGUCUGUCUGUGACCCGUGUGCAACCCGUCACUUGUGUUUACAGCUCAGCCCCAAACACGCAACACCUUUAGAAAGAAGUGUGUGUGACUUUGUACAAGUUGAAGUCAUUUUCCAUAUGGAACAGUGGUGUGUGUGUGUGUGUGUGUGUGUGUGUGUGUGUGUGUGUGUGUGUGUGUGUGUGUGUGUGUGUGUGUGUGUGUGUGUGUGUGUGUGUGUGUGUGUGUGUGUGUGUGUGUGUGUGUGUGUGUGUGUGUGUGUGUGUGUGUGUGUUGCGGAGCCCAGCGAGCGACAAAACACCCGGAGUGAACAGGAUCUUUAUGCUUUUGCAUGAUGCAAAGAUAUUCCUCCUCGUUCCUACUCUGGGUGUGUCCCCCCCGUGCGCAUGUCAAGUCACACUCUCACCUCCACCCCCCCUGUAAGCCCCCAUUAGGUGAAAUGGGUAGAAGUUUCCAAAACCAGAUGUUGUUGAUUUUCUCCGUGAGGGCAGCCCCUCUUUACCGUGGUGUGGAUCCACUCUGGAGACCCUGGAUGGAAACAUGUUACUGUAGCAUUGGCUCUUCUGACGUAAUCACUGACUAAGCUCUGUGCUUUUUGUCCCAGUUUGCAAAGAUGUGUGUGGGUUCCUGCGGAGCUUCAGUGCUGCUCUGUGCCAGUUUGAAACUGCGCGAACACGCAGUCGAAGUUUUGAAUGUACGCAUCUGAACAUGUGCAAAUAAAUCUGCCAACUGUGACGUCAGGUCCAUUGAAA